UAUAAUGUGGAUUUCUACUAUAAAAGAAUAUACUGCCACCAGAGGACGUAUUCGUGUGCAAUUGUAUUCAUGGUAAAUAGUCUAAUGAACUGAUCAGGUUGAUAAUCGUCCUAACAAUACUGAGAAUCAUGGAUUAUGAAUUUAAACUAAAAACUGAUACAGAUCGGACGAAAGUCGAAGAUCUUUUUGAAUUUGAAGGAUGUAAAGUUGGAAGAGGAACUUAUGGGCAUGUCUAUAAAGCUCGCAGAAAGGAAGGAGUACCAGAUAGCGAAUUAAAAUCUCGGCCAGAUACAAAGGAUUUUGGCCUAAAGCAGAUUGAAGGUACAGGUCUUUCAAUGUCUGCAUGUCGAGAAAUUGCAUUACUUAGGGAACUAAAACAUGUAAAUGUGAUUACGUUAAUUAGAGUUUUUCUAUCACACAUUGAUCGCAAAGUAUGGUUACUAUUUGACUUUGCUGAACAUGAUUUAUGGCACAUAAUAAAGUUUCAUAGAGCAGCAAAGGCUAAUAAAAAACCUGUUAUGGUACCAAAGGGUAUGGUAAAAUCUUUAUUAUAUCAAAUUCUAGAUGGUAUUCAUUAUUUACAUUCCAAUUGGGUGCUUCACAGAGACUUGAAACCAGCAAAUAUCUUAGUAAUGGGAGAAGGAAAUGAAAGGGGACGUGUAAAAAUUGCAGACAUGGGUUUUGCUAGAUUAUUCAAUGCCCCGUUAAAGCCUCUUGCAGACUUGGAUCCAGUCGUAGUGACAUUUUGGUAUAGAGCACCAGAAUUGCUUUUAGGUGCUAGACAUUACACAAAAGCUAUAGAUAUCUGGGCAAUUGGGUGUAUAUUUGCAGAGCUUUUAACUUCUGAACCUAUAUUUCAUUGUAGACAAGAAGAUAUUAAGACUAGCAAUCCGUAUCAUCAUGAUCAAUUAGAUAGGAUAUUCAAUGUGAUGGGAUUUCCUUCGGAAAAGGAUUGGGACGAUAUUAAGAAAAUGCCAGAACACCUUACAUUGUUGAAAGACUUUAAAAAAGCAAACUAUGCAAAUUGUUCUCUUACAAAGUAUAUGGAUCGACAUAAAAUUAAACCCGAUAGUAAAGCGUUUAAUCUGCUUCAAAAACUGUUAAUGAUGGAUCCAAACAAACGAAUAACUUCCGAACAUUCUAUGCAAGAUGCUUACUUCCAAGAAGAACCAUUGCCAACGCAAGAUAUAUUUGCCGGUUGCCCUAUUCCUUAUCCGAAACGAGAAUUCUUAACGGAUGACGAUACAGAGGAAAAGACUGAAAACAAAGCACGGCAAAAUCAACAACAAACUCAGCAAAAUCAACAACAACAAGGGAACGGCGAUCAUAAUCAUGGACAAAACGCAAAGCGGGUGAGACUGAAUGGUCCUCACGGGGCUCCAGAAUUUCAUCAACAUCAGAGUCACGCGAUGACCCAUCAACAGCCUCCAGGGAUGGUUUAUUCUACAGCACAACCAACGCAACCGUCAAAUUUUCAUCAACGCUUUUAAACGAUUUCGUUUGAACGAUUGAAUUCAUUGAUAGAGCAAUUAAAUUAUCAGUUUACAGAUUUCUGUAUCAAUGAGCAGACCAGCGACUCCUGUAUAUUCACAGUACGAUAAUAUAACUUUAUUUAUAUAUUGUAUACAUGUAGAUGUUUUACAAAGUACUUUUUAGACUUUACAUGCAUUUCAAAUUUCAGAAAUAUCACAUUUACGACACGUUAGUAAUAUUACUGAAAACAAUAUAUCGAUUUCUUGCCCCUAAUAAGCGACAUCAGUACAUUUUUGGUAAUUUCAAGAACGUACACAUCUGAGAAAUCAUACAGAUCCUAAAUAUCCUUGCGUUUACUUUACGUUUAACUGCUAAUCAAACGAACAAACGAAAUAUUAUAUUGGUAGGAUAAGGGAAGAAUAAAUGGUAGCCAAAAUCGACCCGGAAAAGGUAGAGUUUGAAGAAGGGGACGAAUGAAAUGGAAAAAAAAUGCAAAUUGGAAAAUACAUGUGGAGUCUUCAUUCAGAGGAUGACGAAGACGAGUGAAGUUGAAUUGAGCGAAGGGAAAGUACGCAUGCGCGGUAAAUCAUUCCGCAGCAAGGUGGCGGUCCGUUGUGCCGCGCGCUCCUGAAACGCAGUUUCCGUGAAUCGGUGCUUGACGAAAAAAGUGUGCGUGAACCGCGUGUUACUGCGAUCGAGAUGCCGAUCAAACUACGGUCCAUUUAUUCGCCAGUCAGCUCGUUGUUUAAAUGAAAAUAAAAGAUUCGGAGCAGAAGGUUUGUCAAAUGCAGCCGAUAUGGAUUCCCACGUUGGUCUCGACUAUAUCGUGGAUAAUCCCGAUUACUGCGUCAAGCUCGCCACGGCCUUGGACACAGCGUGUCCCUCGGUUAAGAAGCAAGUGGUAGAAUUGCUUUCGGCGCUGUGUGUUUACAGCCAGGAUGGAAGACAGAGAGCUAUCGAUACUCUUCACGCGUAUCAG